AUGGAUGAUAUAUCUUUUGAUUAUGAUUUCAAUUAUGAUGACAAUUACACUUAUGAGAACUUAUCGACUGAUGAGAUCACCUCUCACAAAAAUCACACGACCUGUUUCCACGAGCCGAUCUGUGCCAUUCUGGUGCUGGUGAACGUGAUCAUCUUUGUCCUCGGGGUGUGUGGGAACGGAUUGGUGAUCUGGAUCGCUGACUUUAAGAUGAAGAGGACGGUCAACACCACCUGGUACCUCAGCCUGGACGUGUCCGAUUUCAUCUUCUGUCUCAGCCUCCCUCUCAACAUCUAUUACAUGGCCACCGACACAGCCUUCCCAGUCCACGAGGUACUGGAGACCACGACCCCGAUGGUGGACAUUGAGCAGGCAACGUACUAUGUAGGUUUCAGAUCCAUCAAUGAGUCGAGGGGGUGGAGGGGGCCUGCAAAUGAAAGGUUUAAUGCGGGAAACAUGGAACGUGGGAUGGAUGCGACGGAGAGGCAGGGGAAGUUUCAGGCGAACCGCAGAUGGGUUGAUGACCUUGGAGAUGGGGAAGGGACAAUGAAUCGAGGAGCCAUCUUGUGGGAAGCCACCUUGGGAGGGAUAUCCCGGGUGGAGAGCCACACUCGCUGCCCCACUGUGUGGGCUCGACCCAAAUCCAUAGGCUCAGGGGUGCUGGCAGAGGCAGGUGCUGCCACUGGUAGUGGCGAGGGUGCGGAACUCAAUGGCGAAAUCAGAGACCGACCUACCCCCUUGACGAAUCUGCAGCAUCUCCUGAGCAGCCUCUCUCCCAUGCACCGACCUGUCGAAGACCCUCCUCAUCUCCUCGGUGAAGAUCGCAUAGGUGUUGCAGACCAGGGAUCCUGCAUCCCAGACUGCUGUUCCCCACUCUCUCGCAUGGCCGUAAACGUCACUGUUGCUUUUGACUAUGAUGCGUACAUCAGAGAAGAGGAGGUUAAAGACAUGCCUGAUUUUAAAGAUUACACUAGGAUCAUGUAUAUAGCAGCAUACUCUGUUGUCUGCUUCCUUGGCUCGGCACUCAACCUCUUUGUCUUCUGCAGAUGUAUGUAUGCUCACUGUAAACAGAAAAAAUCAAACGUGUUGGUCUGGAUUUUCAGCUUGGCUGUGAGCCACUUGGUCUUCUGCCUCUUCACUCCACUCCAGCUCCACUCUGCUAUUCAUCACUUUGUCUGGAAGUCUGGAACGUUCUUCUGCAAGUUCAAUUCCUUCAUCAUCUACAUGAAUAUGUUCUCCACCGGUCUGAUCCUCACCCUGUGGACCGUACACGACCUCCUGCCCAGCUGCAGACAGAGAAACCUGUGCAAAUCAUGUGAUGUGUUUAUGGUGUUGGGGGCGUUUACUAUGGGAGCGCUUUUCGCCAUACCAUCACUGCUCUCCAGGGAGAUCAAGGACAAAGCCACGGGGGAGCAGUGCCUGGAUGACUACAGGUUUGGGGAGGCAGAGGAGACGCAGUAUGGCCGGGACAGAACGUUGGCAGUGAUUUGCGUGCGUUUUUUCGCGGGCUUGGCCCUUCCUGCCUUUGUGAUGGGAAUCGCCUGUUGCGUUAGGAGAGAACCGAGGAAUAAAGGCCAGUCAAAGAUCAUCUGCUGCAUGAAGGUGGCUUAUCUAGUUCUCUGGGGUCCACUGAUCUCUCUGACCAUGCUGCAGGUAGUCACAGGUCAGUCACACUCCUUCAGUCAGUUGAUUCCAGGUGCCACGGCUGUGGCAGCCCUUCACAGCUGUGUCAACCCCAUCAUCUGUAUUCUGGCAGGCAAAGACUUUAAAAUGAACUGGAUGCAGCAGAGUGACAGCAGAGAGAUACCGUGAAACCACUCUCAGCCCUUUAUCUGAACAAGCUGGUUUUAUAGUGCACGCAAGACUACGCCAUGAGAAAUGCUGUGCUGAGCAGUUCUCCCAGCAGGGGGUGCUGUGACUGUGUACAUGUGUAAUUCUGUGAUUCUGUUCCACAAUGUGUAACAAUGUUGGUAAGGUUAAUGUAUACGUUCAUAGAGCAUAAAGCCAGAGGAGAAUUAGAAUCAAACAGAGUGGAAGAAGUGUUAAAACUGGAGUGGAGCCAAGCUCUUCACACUGCCCUGUGUGUAAUUAAACCCUGUUAUCAGACACACACAUGGACAAUCCUCAUGGU